ACUCCACUUUAAUGUCACUGAAGUUUGUGGAGAAACUGGAGAUUCUGAAGAAGAACGCUGCUGACACCUCCUACAUCGGUCUCGAUGACAUGAAGACGGAGGGGGCAUUUACAUGGCACGACGACCAUACUGUCAUACAAGAUGAACUUAAACCAAAACUAUUCAAUCCAGGUGAACCCAAUAAUGGCGUCAACGAGGAGGACUGCGUGAACUUUGAACCCGGAAACGAUGCUCUCAAUGACGUCACGUGCUCCGAUGUCAACUACUACAUUUGCGAGAAGACGUGUUUUUAUUUCUAACACCCAUUCAGCCUCUGUCUAGUUCUUAUAUCAUAGUCUAUUCCGCCUCUGUCUAGUUCUUA